UGCUCGCGCUAACAAUAAUCAUUCCUUUCAAAAAAUUUCUGUCACUUAGUGAACAGAGCACCAAAAUUUGUAGCCAUGGAAACUGACAUUUUAGUUGCCAGAGUUGUCUGUUUAUUUUUACUCUUAAUUGGAACACUUAUAUUUGGAAUAUUACCUGUUUUUGUGAAAAAGACCUUGUUCCAAUGUGAUUGCGUUGGAUUAGUCUGCAAGCCAAAUUGCCGUGCCCGAAGGGGUAAGAUUGUGACAUCCUUUCUUAUUUAUUUUGGAGGUGGUGUCCUUCUUGGAACUACUUUCUUGCACCUUUUGCCUGAAGCACGAGAGGGUUUCGAAAAAGAAGAAGAGGCCAUUAAUUGCACUGCUGAGUUCCUGAAUCCGAAACCAACAGAACCAACAAAAGGCGACGAUCAUGACCACGAAAAGUUCCCAAUCCCGGAAUUCAUUGUUUGUAUUGGUUUCUUCGCAGUUUAUCUAUUCGAAGAAAUCAUUCACUUCUACCUCGGUGGACACACCCACGUUCCCAGCGAAAACAGGGCCAUCCGAUCAUUUUCCCGUUCCAAUUCCUGCUCACAACCAGGAUCUCUCGAAAACAGCAUGCGCUCUAAGAGAGCAUCAACGAUAUCAGAAAAAGCAGCUGUCGAUGUUAUGCAGCACUCUAACCUUGGACAAACCUUCUCCCUUGCAGCUCUGCUGACCGUUGCAGCUUUGUCUUUCCAUUCUUUGUUCGAAGGAUUCGCAAUAGGACUACGACCAGAUGCCACGAGCACUUGGAUUGUUUUUGCCGCCAUCUCCGUCCACAAAUACGUGAUUUCUUUUGUUGUGGGACUCGAAGUCCUUGCAACAGGUGGUAAGAACAUGCAUGUGUACACAUACAUGAGUGUCUUUGCUUUAAUGUCUCCUCUCGGAAUGGCCAUAGCCAUGAUCACAGAAAGCAACCUGGAAGAAAGCAAUCCUCUGACCGUAAGUGUUCUGAAUGCCAUUGCUACAGGAACACUUCUAUAUGUCACAUUUUUUGAAAUUCUGCAACGAGAAGAGCACAAGGAUAUUGCAACUUGGGUGCAGUUAAUAGCAACGCUAACAGGGUUUGUUGUCAUGGCAAUCAUGCAAUAUGUAAGCACUCUUGCAUGAGAAUUCACAAUUAGAAUUAUCCAAUUUGCAAUUUUUUAUUGACAAACAAUGAACAGAAAUAUCUACUUGAAACUUGUAAUGAACACUCCAAUAAUAGUAUGAAGCUUCAAUAAUAGAAAUCUAUUUGAAAAUUUUAAUGUGAAAAAUAAUAUGAAUGAUAAUAUGCAACUUUGAUUAUAAUAAUCUACGUGCAAAGUUAACUCUCAAAAUAAUAAUAAUACUUAAUUCCAUUUAUUAUAGUCAAUUCGUCAAACGAAGUAAUAAAUACUUUAAUAUUUUUACCUACGGAUUUUUUUUAUUUGUAAGAAAAAAUAUUAAUUAUUAUGGAAAAGUUUUUAAAACCAACUUUGGAAAUUUAUUUUGUUAAUUUCAAUUUGAAGCAAUUGAACUAAAGCUUACUAGUCGUAAAUAAUCCUUGUAUAAACAAUUUUUUUAUGGUUAUGUGUGUUAAAAAUGUGAUAAGACGAUUGUAGAUUCCUCAUUUUUUGUUAUUACAAAAGACUUUUCAUUGUUGAUCUUGUUUUUGUUCUAUUUUUACCUUAUCGCAUUUAUACUAUCAUAGUCUUUGAGACUGUUUUUUUGUGAAAUGUUGCUGAAGUCUUCGGAGUUUCCUCUUUCAUUAUUCAGAUUACAAUAAAUGUUUUAAUCUUA